CCAGCAAAGCGGGGACAGGGCGAAAAAUCCAGCGAAAGCCAGACUGAGCUUCCUGACCCCAAAGAGCUUCGUAGGGGGAAGUUAUCUUCAGGCGGCCCUCCCGGCGUGCACGGAGAAGUGGGAUUUUACCUGCGCAACUGCACCGAAAUUUGCACGACAAGGCGGCUGGAGUUUUUUGUUUUGUUUUGAUUAUUUUUUUUGCUUUGUUCGGGGUCCGCUCCGUGUAGAGUUUUAUUGCAGAGCAGCAUCACUACCGCACGUCGUGCCGCACAGGGAGGAGAGGAGAGGGCAGAAGUUUCCGCUGGCUUGUUUUGUCACUGCGGGGCUGGUGAAUCCGCAGGAAUGUCGCAGAAGGAGAGACCCACGUUUUACCGACAGGAGCUCAACAAAACCGUGUGGGAAGUCCCGGAGCGCUACCAGAACUUAUCUCCUGUCGGUUCCGGUGCUUACGGAUCCGUGUGCUCGGCGUUUGAUGUGAAGACGAACCUGAAGGUAGCAGUGAAGAAGUUGUCCAGACCUUUCCAGUCCAUCAUCCAUGCAAAGAGAACCUACAGAGAGCUGCGACUGCUCAAACACAUGAAGCAUGAAAAUGUGAUCGGCCUUUUAGAUGUUUUCACACCAGCGACAAGCUUAGAGGAAUUUAACGAUGUGUACUUGGUGACACACCUAAUGGGGGCAGACCUCAACAACAUCGUGAAGUGUCAGAAGCUCACGGAUGACCACGUCCAGUUCCUCAUAUACCAGAUCCUCAGAGGCUUAAAGUACAUCCACUCUGCAGAUAUCAUCCACAGAGAUUUGAAGCCCAGUAAUCUGGCUGUGAAUGAAGACUGUGAGCUUAAGAUCCUGGACUUUGGUUUGGCACGGCACACGGAUGAUGAAAUGACAGGAUACGUAGCCACACGGUGGUACCGCGCCCCGGAGAUCAUGCUCAACUGGAUGCACUACAACAUGACCGUGGAUAUCUGGUCGGUGGGCUGCAUCAUGGCUGAACUACUUACAGGACGGACACUCUUCCCUGGCACAGACCAUAUUGAUCAGUUGAAGCUUAUAAUGAUGCUCGUCGGAACGCCAGGGCCCGAGCUCUUGAUGAAAAUCUCUUCAGAGUCUGCGAGGAACUAUAUCAACUCACUUCCCCAGAUGCCAAAGAGAAACUUUGCUGACGUGUUUAUUGGUGCCAACCCUCUUGCGGUGGAUUUGCUGGAGAAAAUGUUGGUGCUGGAUACAGACAAGCGGAUCACAGCAUCUGAGGCUCUGGCCCACCCUUACUUUGCCCAGUAUCACGAUCCAGAUGACGAGCCUGAAGCAGAGCCUUACGACCAGAGCUUUGAAAGCCGUGAGCUGGAAAUUGAGGAAUGGAAAACCUUAACCUAUGAAGAGGUCAUCAGCUUCGUGCCACCAUCUUUCGACGAAGACGACAUGGAAUCUUGAGGAGGAAGCGGCUCUCUUCCACGUUUUGUUUUCCAAGAAACACUUUCUAAGGACUAUCGGUCUCAUGUGACUAUCCGCCACUUUCCUCAUACACGCGCACAGCGAUGACAUUCAAGUGCCUGCCGUCAUUCAUAUGUGGGGGGGACGUUGCGCUAUCAGGGAAACGAAAACAAAAAACUUGACAUCGUGUUCAUACCGUCCCCUGCUCUGCUGUUUUGUUUUUCUUAACAUGCAUCCCACCGUGCUGAGGUAGACUUUAACUCUCCUUUUGCAUUAGUAAUUUUUUAUCUCAGACAUAUAUUCUUUAUAUUCUGUCCCUUAUUCUACAUACACAGCAAAAAAAAUAAAUAAAAAAAGAAAACAUUACAUGUCAGUAUCUCCAGGCAAAUUGUAAUAACUAAACAUCUAUUAUGUGUUUUAUAAAAAAAAUAAAAUAGCUGAAAAUAAUGCUGUAGGACAAAAAUUCUGGAAAGUUUUAAACAAUGCUGAGUGUGAAGUGUAUCUUUUGGCACAUUUUAAAUUCUUUGUUAUUUCUACGAGUACAUAGAACUAUGUAGAUACUACAGAAACAGUAUUUGUACAUAAAUCUUUCUGGAAAAACAGCUACCACACGUGUAGUACUCUGAAUUAACCCAGACGCUCGUCAGCCGCCCAAAAUGACAGUUUGUUCUAGAAUGGCAUAUAAACCGAUACUGUGUGUAAUUUAUUUAGAAUAUGUAUAGGAUACAUCAAAAUAUGUAAAAUAUUCAGCCCAGUAUGGAAAAUUCAAGGCUUCAUAUUUCUUAAUGAUUGAGUUUUACACAUGGCACCCCCGCGAGUGUCUUCUCGCACUUCUGUUGUCUCACAUGAAUGUUUCAGCGAACGGCCACCAACCUCUCCAGUUUCACCACAGCAUGUUAAAGCCAGAGUUUUUGGCUUACUAGUUUAUUCAAAUUUUAAUGUUUUUCCAUUACAGCGUCAGCCGACAAUGUAAUUUAAUCAUAUUGCAUUUAUGAAACAGUACUAUUAAUGUUUAUGGAAUGUUUGGGGCGCCAGUUUGCGCCGUAUAUUUAUGAUCUUUUCUUAUAUUGUUUGUAUAUUGAUGUAAAAGAGAAUAUUAUUUGUCAGAAUUUAAGGUUGUUUGUAUUAUUUAUGGAGAGCUUAUUGUAUUAGUAUCCAAAUGUGUCAUCGAUAAUUUCAUAGAUCACUUGAGCCACAGUGACUACAGCUUUCAUAUCAAGAGCCGACAAUGUUAUCAAGAGAUCGUUUGGAAUCAGUUUGAUACAUUCUGCUCAGUUUGCUAAAUUACCGUUGCUGAGGUGUUUACAGCGCUCCUUGAUUCACGGAUCAACAAAUUAUCACAAUUUUUUUUUAAAAAGAAACCCAAAACAUAUCCUGAAACGGUGGCAUAUAAGUCACCAUUCAUUGACUAACAAACCACUAAACUAUUUUUUUAGUGUGAAGACUUUUAUGACAAAAUGCUUCCAAUGUGAACCAUUUGAAAAGUCAGACUCGUAAGCUGUAUCCACAGUUGCUCUGCCUUUGGCACCCAAACAAUAUCAGACAUCAGUCACGUUUGAUUUCAGCCGCUUGUUUUAAAUGUAGUGAUUUUUUCUAAUGUGUUAUUUUACUCUUUGUGUGCUAAAUCAAGAUUUCAUGUUAUUCUGUGAUUCUGUAAUGAUUGUUUUCUAAGCAGCACCAGACGCCUGUUAGAGUAAUUUAGAGGGGGGGGGGGGCACAUGUAUGCAGGAAAGUGCAUAUGUUUACUCACUGGAUGCUGAAGGGCAAUGCCGAAGCCUCAUAUUUUAUCAUUUUUAAACAACUGCAUUGAUUUAGAUAGGAUAUUUAUUUUGUCCAUAUCCCGAUGUCAGUAGUAAAUUUGGUUACACUUCGUCUGCCUGAAAUAUGUGUUUUUGGGUUUUUGGGUUUUUUGUUUUUUUUUUUUUUUUUUGACCACAUGUAUCAAGCUAGCAGGCCACGCCACCUGUAAAUACCACCAUUAGAAAAUAAAGCCUACUAUUUUUCAAAGCUG